AUGACGACCUGUACUUACAACGCCCGUAUGCUUGCAUCGGAUGCUAUCAUUGAAGAUCUGACGAAGCAGGCCAGGAAGAUUAAGUACGACGUCAUCGGACUCAUCGAGACGAGGCGACGCCACCCUCUCAACGCCGUAUACGAAACUGGAGAAGAACUGUUCCUAGGAACAUGCGACAGUAGAGGUGUUGAUGGAGUUGGCGUACUCGUCGACAGUAUGGCAAAGAACAUCUACCGUUUCGAACAACUUGGCCCCAGAAAAACGGCUAAGGAACUUCACAUCGGGGCCCACGGCCUACAAUGGAACGAACAGGGGGAGAGGCUCUCCGCUUAUCUCCGUUUAUCAUGA